CCGCGCUCCCGCUCUCGCAGACGAUAAACACCGCAGACGAUGGAGGGAAGCAGCGGCGAAGGCAGCACCUCUCCGUCGGCGGACAGGAACUCACCACCCUCGCUUCAACACUCGCCAAACCCCGACUCAAGCGGCAUGGGGGUCGGUGACUGUGGAGCUUUGUCUUACGCCACCCAGCCGCCCAUGGUCAGUCUCAGCCCCAAACACCAACAGCCACCUGUGAGCAGCAACAACGGCAUCGUGGUCUCGAGUCCGGGCUACGUUGGUCAGCAGCCCCGGACGUCUUCAGCCAGUCCGCCCCAAAUCCUCUCCAAACCCUAUACGCCGCCCAUGUCGUCGGCCGCCCUUUCCAUGAAAUCCCCUCUGGAACACCUGCCGGCCCACAUGGGCAUGCUGGCCAUGAGAAACGGCGGGGUGCCCCACCCUCACUACCUGGGAGGACCCCCAGGGCGCGGGGCGCAUAUCCAGCCGCCCCUCAGCCCCCCUGGACUCACAACAGACGCGACCGCCAAUGACUGUCGUCUCAUUGACUACCGGGGCGCCAAAGUAGCCGCUUUCUUAGUCAACGGCGAUUACUUACUUUGUUUACCACAAGCUUUCGAACUCUUCUUGAAGCACCUUGUGGGAGGACUGCACACUGUCUACACAAAACUCAAACGCCUCGACAUUACGCCAAUUGUAUGCAACGUUGAACAGGUGCGCAUUCUAAGAGGCCUUGGAGCUAUCCAGCCCGGAGUCAACAGAUGUAAGCUCCUCUCUUGCAAAGACUUUGACACCCUCUACAAAGAUUGUACCACGGCAAGGCCCGGGAGGCCACCGAAGCGAGCAACUAUGGUAGGCAUGAAUCCUAAUGGCACGAGCCACGGCAUGCUUCUCAAGAAGUCACGCAUGGAUGGCGAAUACACAGGCUACGAGAACGGACACAUAACAGAUCAGGGACUUUACUUGGACUCCAAGAGAUACAGAUCUGAAGGUGAUCGAGUUGACAAAUCCCACCUACUAGCCAAUGGCUAUUCACAUCAUGUAGCCGCAGUUGCGGCAGCAGCCACACCUCACCUCAACCCACUUCCCUUCAUGGCCCUAAACCAUGCGGCAGCAGCAGCAGCACAUCACAACUCCAUGCUAUCAGCGGGUGCUGCGGCCGGUAUGCCCCUGGCAGCUAGCACGCCGGGUCAACAAGGGCAGCUUCCUUCUCAACAGCAGCACCUCAACUCAUCCUCAUCUUCCAACAGGGGUGGACCUGCAGAAUCAUCGUCUGUCAUCAAAGAAAGAGCAACUUCUCACGCCUCCGAAGUCAUUAAUUCCACAAGGCUAAGAGACGAACGUGGAGACCUAGUAGACUCCAAAGAACGCCUCUACGGUUUUGAUAGUCAUCGUAUGAAAGACCAAGCCUUUUUAAACGGCUACUUCUGGCUUCUUGCAGGGGCCUCGGCUAACGGCCACAGUCCCGUCCUCAACCUCAGCCAACAUUCGAGCAGGCCCUCGAAUCAGAACCAAAACCCGACUACGAACGAACACAGUGGCAGUGAGAAUGCUUACAACGAUGGACCAGAUGAUGACGACAAUGACAGUGAAGACGAUGAUGAUGACGACGAACGAGAGCAUGACUUAAGUGACAAUCCCGAUGUGAGCAGCACGGCAAACACAGAUCGUCUGCCAUCAAGUCAACAGCAGAUGGGCGUCUACCCUACCAUGGGGGGUGAAUCAGGCCCUAUGCAGGGACAGACGGCCUCCUCCAUGGAAACACUUCUCAGGAACAUUCAGGGUCUCCUCAAAGUCGCAGCAGAUAACGCUAGGCAACAAGAACGUCAGAUCAACCUCGAGAAAGCGGAACUGAAGAUGGAACUCUUGAGGGAAAGGGAGGUCCGCGAGGGCAUUGAAAAGCAGCUCUUGGACGAACAGCGAACAAGAAAUAAUCUUGAAAACCAGCUUAAACUGAAAAUUGGAAUGAAAAUACUGUAUCAAAAACGACUGAAAAAAGAAAAACGCACGAGACGGAGGGUACAAGAACAGUUAGAAGCAGAAGUAAAAAAGAGGGCGCAGUACGAAGAAGCCCUACGCAGUAACUCCGCGGAAACGCUAAGACUACUAAACGAAUCUCUUGCCCAAGAGCUGGAAAGAGAGAGGAACGCGAGAGCUGAGGCAGAACACAAAAUGCAAGAUUGCCCAAUGUCUGUAUAAAACGAAAAUGCGGGUAACCUGCAGAACUUAUCAUCAAUCAUCGGCCGGUGCCGAUAUGAGUGCCAUCUAGUGGACAUUCACACAAAAAAAAUCAUAGAAAGGACAUAUCAGACUUGUCUGUUUAUAAGUUGGUCGUCUCCAACGGUCAUUGCAAAGCGCUCUCGUGAUCAAAGGAAAAGAACUGAAAAGUUAUGGAAAAGAAAAUUAAAAUUACCCAGUGCAUAUCUUCAUAGCAAAAUGGACACUUCAGUGUGCCUGAAAUUGAAGAAAUAAUAUAUCUUGACCGUGGCCAUGCGGAUGCAAAGCAUCAAAGAGACAAAAUCUGCGGUGCCGCACCCUGGCGGUUCAUGAAAAAAACUAUUCAUUGUUCAAUCGCGCUGCUUGUUUGUUGACUUGUGUUGCUUCUACCAUAGAAAAAGGUUCACUUUUAGGGAGUCUAGUGCUUUGAACACCAAACCCCCUAACUAUUACCAUUAGUGUGAAGAAACUGUUAUUAUUAUUAUAUUAUUAUCAUUAUCAUUACUCUAACACUUUCCACUUGCCAGUUUGACGUACUGUUUUUGACCCACUGUAGAAGGUCCUGUAUUGGGAUUUCAAUUUGGGAAAAAUAAGAAAACAACCAAGAAAUUUUGAUCACAAAGUUAAACAUUUUCUAACAUUUUUCUUCAUAAAGCGCACAUUGCCUAAAAAGUGAAAUUUGUGCAUUACUUCAGUUACUUAUGCUAAACUUAUGAUAUUCAACUGAUAAUUAGCCGAUGUUUUUACAUAAAAAAACUUUUUAUUUAUUAUGCUUUAGACAAUGAAUUGGUGCCUAGUUGUUCUUUUCAAAUUUUUUGAUUCAAAGUUCAGGACAUAGAUAUGCACUAAGUCAUACAGUAAAGCGAACUUUUUACAAAUGUUUAGAAACGCAAUUUCUGUUCAGUUGUUUAGGACGACGAUGCUGUUCAGAAAACACAAAGUGAAAUUUGAUCAUUUUAUUUUUUAUUUAUGAAAUAUACCACAAAAACAAAAUUCUAUUUAAAGUCUCCGUUUUAAAUCUCAAUAAUUAGCUUCAAUAAUAAAUAAAUCUAUUGAGCUCAUGAUAUUUUAUACAUUUCCCGUACACUGGAACUUCCUUAUUUAUUUUUUCCAUAAUAUUAAAGAUCUGCAUUAAAAUAAUUAUAGAGUUACUACGUAAUUCAAUGUAAAUAUAUUUAAUAGCGACACAUUUUCUACUUAUUCCCAAUUUGAAAUUCCAAUUUUGUUAGGUGGACGAAAGUGUUUGUUCUCUGACGGAACAAUAAAGACUUCAGGAAGAAAAAAAAAAGUGAAAUACUUACAGCUCUGCACUUCGUACAAGUUGACUGCCUCGUGUGUUCUGUUUUGUUUUUCUAAGUGUAGUUUUCUGCUCAAAUGUUUUUGUCGCACCCCCUUAUCUCGUAGCAAUCGGAAACAGUAUUGUUAUGCUUAACCCAUAUCAACAGAUGUAUCUGAUUAAAGUUAU